CCAUGGUCAACACUAUUUGUUAGUCAAACUUGGAGUCUCCUACUCAACACAACUCACCCACACAGCGUUUGCCCAUAUCGUGUUUCCGCAUCAAGAUCCCGAUCUCUGCGCUCUGAUCAUCUUUCCCUUUCUCCGAAUCUAUCCCUAUCUUCUUCUAUAAUCCAAUUCCAGAAAUGGAGUUCGAAUCCAACAAUAUUUCUGAAGACAACAACAACAAUCACGGAUGGCAGAAGGUUACUUACGCUAAGAAGAACAGGAAGAAUCAGCCUAAGCAGCAGGUGCCUCAACCGAAGGCGCUUCCAAACGGAUCCGUCGUCGCCGGUAAUGAUAAUGUGUUCACUGCUAUUGAGAAGAAAUCGGAGGAGCGUAGGAAGGUUAUAGAAGCACAGAGAUUGUCGAUUUAUGAUCCUGCUCCUCCUCCAGUUAAAUCGUCAAGGAAGAAGAACUACUCCGAUUAUGAGGACAGCGAUGAAGAGGUUGUUGCCAAUGGUGUGGCUGGGAAUGAUGAUGUUGAGGAGAAGAAGAAGAAACCUAAGAAAGUAAAGAAACCUAAGGUCACAAUUGCGGAAGCGGCGGAGAAGAUCGAUGUCGACGACCUGGCUAGUUUUCUGUUGGAGGUGACGACUUCAUUCGAGGCACAACAAGAUAUACAGUUGAUGAGGUUUGCCGACUAUUAUGGACGUGCAUUUUCUGGCGUGACUGCUUCACAAUUUCCCUGGGUGAAGUUAUUGAGAGAAUCUCCUGUUGCAAAGGUUGCAGAUAAUCCCGUGUCACAUAUUCCUGAGGCUGUUUACAAAACCUCAGUUGAUUGGAUCAACAAACUAUCCAUGGAAGCCCUUAGUUCUUUUCUCCUUUGGUCCUUAGACAGCAUUCUUGCUGACUUUGAAAUUCAACAAGGUGGCUCAAAGGGAUCCAAGAAAGUUGCCCAAAAAACACCCUCAAAAUCUCAGGUGGGUCUGUUUGUAGUAUUAGCAAUGGUGUUACGAAGGAAGCCCGAUACGGUAAUUACCGUUUUGCCCUCUCUAAAAGAAACCCCAAAGUAUCUUGGACAAGACAAGCUCCCAAUUAUUGUCUGGAUGGUAGCUCAAGCAUCACAAGGGGACCUAGCUGUUGGGUUAUACUUAUGGUCACAUUUAAUAUUACCUAUAGUUGGGACAAAAUCAGGGUCCAACCCACAAACCAGGGAUCUAAUUUUGCAGUUAGUGGAAAGGAUUCUAUCUGCUCCAAAGGCAAUGGCUAUUUUAGUAAAUGGUGCAGUGAGGAAAGGGGAGCGUUUAAUGCCACCAUCAGCACUUGACCUUCUUUUGAGAGUCACAUUCCCUUCAUCUUCAGCUCGUGUUAAGGCAACUGAAAGAUUUGAAGCUGUGUAUCCUACACUGAAGAAGGUGGCUCUUGCUGGUUCCCCUGGAAGCAAAGCCAUGAAACAAGUUUCUCAACAGAUUUUGACUGUUUCUUUGAAAGCUUCUGGAGAAGGCAUACCUGAGCUAUCCCGUGAAGCUUCUAGUAUUUUUAUCUGGUGCUUAACUCAAAACCCUGAUUGUUGCAAGCAAUGGGAAAAGGUGUAUUUGGAUAAUCUAGAAGCAAGCAUUGUUGUUUUAAAAAGGCUCAAUGAGCAAUGGAAGGAGUUAUCUCUAAACAAGCCAUCUCUUGAGGCCCUCACUCAAACUCUUAGAAGUUUUAAAACCAAGAACGAAAAGGGGAUGAAAGAGGGUGAGAAAUCCAGUGAUCAAACACCAUACAAGGAAGCAGAUAAGUAUUGUAAGGUGUUAUUGGGGAGGCUAUCACGCGGGUGGGGGUGCGUGAAAGCUACCGUGUUCCUCGUUGUUGCGGUUGGUGUGGGGGCCACAUUCCUGCCUUCAAAUACAUUGGAGUCGUUGGAUUGGAACAAGUUAUCUGAAAUGUUAAACAUCCAGCGGUUUGUCUAAGGUGACUGACAUAUAGAGUGUAUCGGAUUAAUAAAAAGAGAGAAUGAGGUAUCUUUUUAUUUAUCCUUUUUUUUUUUUUUUUUUAUCUUUUCCUUUAGAAUUGAAGUUUAAAAGUACUAAAAAUAGAUGUAGUUUAAACUAAUCAC